AUGUCUAAACGGCAUAAUACAUCAUCAGUAGACAAUCGGGCCAAACGUCAACAGAUUGACGAUUUCCGAAAUGAUACAGAAUUUGUUAUCAGUGUCAAGACCACAAGCCAAGCGCUAGCGUUACUUGCUGAGCAGGCAGAUGAGCUGGUUGACUGUCUUCAAUCAUUAAAGCGACAAUUUUCGCAGAGCACAAACCCUACAGAUUUCCAAAUUGGAACAAUAAACUCAAAUUUAUCACGACUGACCAGGCGGCUACUUCCAUCAUUUCAGAUUAUUGGGUCUAUUGAUGAGCCCAUCACCGAGACGGCCAGGCCUCUAGCGAAGGAGACAUCCACGAGUACCGCCUUAGGAGCUGCCCAAGACUCACCAAAUAUACCGGUUCUGUCUCCUGUCACUGUGACACCAUGGAUCUCCUCAGAAAUAUCGCAAGAAUGGCCUCCUUUACCUCCAAUUCUUGACCCAAAGCUUGCCGAAGAAGCAUUUACGCACCCAGGUCUAGGCAUGGACUUCAGCUACGAGCGUCUAGAAUGGCUUGGAGACGCUUACCUUGAGCUGAUUGCGAGUUCUCUCAUCCAUCAGACAUUUCCAAAGCUGCGGUCCGGGCCUUUGUCUCAGCUACGCGAGAGAUUGAUUCGAAAUAUCACCCUUGCCGAAUAUUUCCGGUAUUAUGACAUGGAGAAGCGAGCCAAGCUUCCAAAUCACUUUGAUUCAAGUGGGGGGCUCGGAAGGGGCAGAUCAAAAGACAAAGAUUUGCUGAAGACGCAAGCCGACAUGUUUGAAGCCUACGUCGCGGCUGUUAUUCUCUCGGAUCCUCAAGAGGGGCUUGUUAAAGUGGUGGAGUGGCUCAAAGCCCUCUGGGGUAGAGCGAUCAAGGAGGAUAUUGAAAAAGCAGAGGCUGCAAAGCGGCGCCGCGAAACUCAAUCAACCGGAGUGGAGGCAACAGAAAAGAACUCUAAACAGCGGCUGAGUGUCAAAAUUGUGACCAAGGGAGUCAGCAUUGACUACAAAGAUCUCCCCGGCGAGAAAAGGGACAGGCAUUUGAAACUACCUCUUUAUACCGUCGGAGCCUAUUUAACCGGCUACGGCGAGGUAGGGAGACUACUAGCAGUCGGCACAGCCCUGAGCAAGAAAGAAGCUGGCCAGAAAGCUGCCGAAGCGGCAUUACAGAACAAGCGACUGAUACAGGCAUAUGAGGAAAAGAAGAGACAAUAUAUACAGGCCAGAGACGACAAUGCACUUGUUGACAGACUUUUGGGAUAG